CCCAGCUACUAAAAUUGUGCAAGCCACUUCAAAAAUUCCUGCAGGGCUGUUUUGAUGUUAAGAUCUGCUACUUAGCUGAAUGUAUUAUUUUCCUGUAUUACCAUCAGACAGAAGAUGGGCAUAAACUACCUUAAUCUUGAGCAUUUUUAUUUCACAAACAUGGAAGUUAUAGGGCUGUUUGUUGUUGCUUUUAAUUCCAACCUGCCAUUUGCUGUAGCUUUAUUUUUCUUCUAGGAGAAACUUUCUGCUACAGUUUCUCUCAUUACUGGAAAACACGCUUUUAUUCCUAAAACCAAUUCUGUAUAUUCUUUUCCCACCAAAACUGCCAAGUCUACAGUAAUGGAACUAAGCCUACAAAAACAUAAACAACACAAGAAAACUUGUAAAAGUCAAGCUAAUAGAAGACAUCUAUUAAAAGCACAAACCUACAAACAGCUGAACACAGACAUGCUGUUCCUGUGUAUCAUUACCUUCCUCCAUGCAAAAGAAGGCAGGGAACCAGCUGGCUUUGUUUAUUCAAACAACAGUGUGCAGGAACCUGCCCUAAGUCUGAGGCUUGUAAAUUGAAGCUGCAGACUGUGUGUGUACACAUGUUAAAGCACCCAGGGCAUUUUUCAACUCAUUUUACAAGCUGUUCGUGAAAUUUCAUUAUCCAGUGUAAACAGUCAUUGAACAUGAAGGAAAAGUGCAACCUUAGAGAAAUCGGUGAACAAAUCAAGGCUAAAAUUGUUGUACACUGCAAAAACAAACUUCUGCUCUGAAAGCCGAAUCCUCCAAACUGGAGAGGCUGGCAAAGCUACUCCUUGCAGUUGUAAGCUACACCCCCGUCCCCACCCCCUAGUUAGGAACUAACUUUGCUAAACUUCAGGAGUGCCUACAAGGAAAGAAAUCCCUUUUAAGGAAGCAUUUCAUGAAAGUCAAGUGCUGCUAUUCUACAUGCCCAUUCCAUUCCCUUGUAGAAACAGAACAAGAGUUUCAUGCAUGCAUGUUUCUUUUCCUUUCGCUGUUCUUAGCGUCUGCAGCAGUUGUUCGCCAAAAAUAAACACCAUUCCACAACCAUAUAUGUGCAACAGCCUUCUGGUGAUUCUGAGCCCCCUCCAGCACUGCCGUUAUUCCGCAAGGCCAGGAGACUGUCUUCUUUCUCACACGCUCUGACGGGCUAUGCAUAUAACCCAGCUGAAUCGGGAAUGCCUUUUACAUCUAUUUUCUUUUCUGGACAAAAAUAGUAGGAAAAGUUUAGCAAAAACAUGUCACAAGCUGCUGGAAGUGUUUCAGGAUCCUUUACUGUGGUCUUUGUUACACUUUCGUUCUCCAGCGGAACUAAAGAAGGAUAAUUUUCUCCUGGGACCUGCUUUAAAAUACUUAUCCAUCUGCUGGUAUUCAGAGAGAGUCAAGGUGUGUAACAUUGAGGACUGGAUGAAAAACAAUUUCCAGAAAGACUUCUGUAACAGGCAUGAAAACACUGUCAAUGAUUUUUUACUAGAAGUUUGCAACAGAUGUCCAAACCUGCUAUCUCUGACCCUCUCUGGAUGCGGCCAUGUUACAGACGAUUGCAUCUUGCUUCUGCUCAAGAACUGCCCAAACCUCAAGACACUCAAACUGGAAAACUGUGUGCGGAUCACUGACCAGACGCUAGAAGCAGUGACCCUCUAUGGGGGAUCACUGCAAACGCUCCACGUGGAUUUCUGCCGGAACAUAACACAAACUGGUCUAGAGAGAGUCAGGGAAAAAUGUCCUUCGGUAAUGCUGAGAGCAGAGAGAAGUGCUAACAUGAUUCCAGACAAUAAGCCAGAAAAAAAGGUGAUGCUUGAAAAAGCAUCAAGACGAUGGGUUCAGCUUUAAGUGCAACAAAUUGUAUAAACUCAGUCAAUGUGGGUUAUUUUGCUUCCACUCUCCUCUUGGGUAGCAUUGCUUCAAUGAACUGUGGCUACUUUCCUGUAUUCUGGUUUAAGUCCAAACACAUGGUUGAUAUGUUUUGUAAAGGCUGCACUGGGAAAAGGCAUACAUCUCCACCAGGACAGUCUUAGGAGAAAAAACCUAUUUGCUUUCUGUUGUUCCCUGAAAGUGGGAAACCCUGCAUUGCUGUCACAAAAUGCUAGACCUGAUUAAGGCUGAAAACUGCAAUUUUGAUACCCUCUUGUCACGGAUGAGUGGAAUGCAACUCACUCAAAAGAGAGAAGUAGCAGUAUGUUUUAUUGAGGUAAAAUAAUAAUUUGACAGAUUUCAAUAAACUUGAUGGAAUUUAACAAAGUUUAACAGUGGUUUGACAAGGUUCAGUAAGUUUGAGGGCAAGGUUCACCUUAUUAAUUACUGCAUGGAAGAAACAUACAAAGGAAAAUUGAGUUAGAACUGACCAGAGACGCAAAGAAUAAGGGAGACCCUCCCAUUGAGUCACAAGGUUGAGAGUGGACCCCCUUGCUUUCUAAACUCUAUAGAGCCUAGGUGCGGCUGGAUCCAAUCUUAGACUUGCUCAACGGUUUGAGUCUAACAGAAGAGAUACAAAGAGUAAGGAGGACCCUCCUGUUGAGUCACGAGGUUCAGAGUGGGCCCUCUUGCUUUCUAAACUCCUCAUGUAAUGGGAAAGGGCACGAAGCCACAGCAGAUAGAGCUUGGGUAACUGUAUGAUUUACACAAAUUUCAGGGAAGGAGUGAUAAAUUUCUGUUAUAGGAUAUAUCCGUACGGUCGUUCCAUCCACUAAGGGUGGUAACCACACCACGUAGGAUCCUCCUAGCAAAAGCACAGUACCUGACAACCAUCAGUUCCUCAGUGAUUAACAUUUGUAGCCGAUUUGUCAGGCUUAUUUACUAAAUGAGGGAUGCAUGGCAAUACAUGCAAAACACAGUUUGACCCUCUGCGUAAUGUACUUUGACAAGAUACACCAAGUUAUUUUUUUAAAGUUGACACUAAAAGAAGCGCAAUAUGAACUAGUUGACAGUACUAACCCACAGGAAAAGACAGUGACUUACAACCCAUAGCUUUAAACACUAAAUUAGGAACAUACUACAGUAGAGAUCUUUAUGAAUACCUGUUUCUCACUGCAAAGGAAAAAAAAAAAAAUAGCGAUUUUCAUCCCAAA